CUCGGUGAUAUUUCCAAAAAACAGAGGAGAUUCCUAAUAUAGAAAGAGACGAAAUAGACGAAUACAAGCAAAAUUAAGACACAGAGAGACAGAGAGAGAGUCAAACUCAACAAUGUUUCAACCAAGUAACCAGCUUGCGAUUGAAAAGCCAAUAUCCAUCAAAGAUUCAUCAACACUGAUGCAAGUUGAUCAGAACGAGACCAAUGUAGUUGUGAAGGAUGAAAUGCAAAAUGGUGGAUCUGCGCAUGCCGAAACCAUCAUACACCAUUCUAAGAAGAUUCAAGAUGAUCUACAUAUGCUAGGGAUGAAAAUAAAAGAGCACGAGGAAAACAUAAAAUCUCUGAAGACUCAAAAUAACAAGUUAGAUGACUCUAUUCUUGAUUUGCAAGCCAAGUGUCGUACCUCAAGAACUUCUAAGAUUGAACAUGAGAACAACUCCCAACUUCAGACUGAGGAGCAAACAACUGAACAGAUUCUACAGCAUGAAAAAUCUGCUGCUGGCAUUUUGUGUCAAUUGAAAAAACUGGAUGGUACUCAGGCUUCCCAUCUUCCAUUGACCAAGGAUGUGCUGGGGAUUGUUGCUACACUUGGAAAAGUAGACGAUGAUAAUCUUAGCAGGCUUUUCGCAGAGUACUUAGGAGUGGAGACCAUGCUGGCGAUUGUCUGUAAGACAUACGAAGGUGUUAAAGCUCUAGAAACAUAUGACAAUGAAGGCUGCAUAAAUAAAAGUUCUGGUCUUCACAGGCUUGGGGCUUCCAUUGGGAGGGCUUUGGAUGGCCGAUUUCUCGUUAUUUGUCUUGAAAAUCUAAUACCAUAUGUGGGUGGGUUUGUAGCUGGUGACCCACAAAGAAGGCUCGAUAUUAUAAAGCCAAGGUUACCUAAUGGGGAGUGUCCACCUGGGUUUCUUGGGUUUGCUGUGAAUAUGAUCAACGUUGACAACACAAACUUAUUUUGUCUCACAGCCAGCGGGUACGGUCUCCGGGAGAUGCUAUUUUAUAAUCUCUUCUCUCGUCUGCAAGUAUAUAGAACAAGGGCAGAAAUGUUACUUGCUCUUCCUUGUAUAAGUGAUGGAGCUCUUUCUUUAGAUGGAGGGAUGAUUAGGAGUACGGGUGUUUUUUCCCUGGGAAAUCGGGAAGAUGUAGAUGUGAAAUUCCCCAAGCCCUUGGUGACAUCAACUCUAUGUGAAAACUACAUUGAAGCUGAGAGUCAGGUCAAGGAGAUGAAAUGGAAAAAAGAAAAGAUGCUGGAAGAUAUGAAGAGAGAAGAAGCAUUAUUGCACGCUGCAAAGUUUGAUUUUGAUAAAAAGAAGCAAGAAUUUCUCAAGUCCCUUGCUCAAAGCUCAUCCUAUGCAACUCAGAACUGCUCGGCUCCAAAGCCUCCACUUUGCAGUUCUUUCUCCCUGACAAAGGAACUCCCUAUAAUCAAAACGAGCAUGCCAUCUUCAAGGCUAUUAAUGGACUCGCAAAUGGAAGGAGACUCAUACUUAACCAAUCUUUUGCAUGAGGGGUCUCAGCUUGAUAAUGAGUUGAUGGGAUCUUCAAAUCUAAUGGAUCAAAUGUCUCCGUCCCCAGUUGAAAUAGAAUCUAGUGCUAGGAGACGACGGGGUAGUAACUUCACCAUAGAAGAAGAUAAUCUCCUUGUAUCGGCGUGGCUAAAUACUAAUUUGGAUUCAAUGCAAGGAAAUGAGCAAAACCAUACUACAUACUGGAGGAGAAUUUGGGAGUACUUCCAUGAGAAUAAGACCUUCAUUUCUAAACGUACGCAGCUAUCUCUAUUGAAUCGAUGGUCACUAAUUAAUAAGAGCUCAGCGAAGUUUUGUGGAUACUUGGCCGAGAUUGAAGCAAUGCAUCAAAGUGGUGUGAAUGAGCAAGACAAGAUUGCCAAGGCGAAACUUAUGUUUCACAAAUUUCAGAAAACUUCAUUUCAAUUUCAACAUUGUUGGAAUGUGUUGAGGUGCCAACCAAAAUGGAUUAAUGACAAGGUAAAAUCAAGAAAAAGACUAUUUGCAAUGACAUGUUCUCCUACUCCAGAUUCGAUAAAUGUUGGGGAAAAUGAUAUCUUCACCAAUGACUUUGUAGAUUCGGAGAGACCACUAGGCGGGAAGGUUGAAAAUGAACGAUUGAAUAAACAAAAUAGCAAAAAUAGUGUGAAUGUGGAUGUUGCAGGGAUACUAAAUGAGGUAAAUGAAGAGAAGAAAAUGGAACUUAUUGGGGAAACAUUUGUUCAAGAGCAAGAGAGACUUCGUAUUCUGCUUGAGCACGAGCAAGAGAGACUUCGAUUUAAGCAAGAAAAGCUUCGAGCGGAACAAGCAAGGAAGGAUGACAAAAUUAUGCUGAUGGAUACAAGUGGCUUGUCUAAAGUUCAAAAAGAAUAUAUUCAACAUCGCCAAAUGAAAAUCGUUGAAAGUCGAAGGAGGAAAUAGUGUUUAACUGGUCAUGUUACUAUGAAGAUAGUUCAUCUUCUUUUAAGGUAAUUGUUAAAUGAAAUUCUAUAUCUUACUUUGUUAUUGGUGUUGAACAAAUUGAAGUGAUAGUAUGAUGUGUAGGGAUUAGUUCAUCUUUGUAAAUUUUAUAUAAUAUGUCAUGUAGUUGGUGAUCAAA